AUGAAACUAUUAAGCGGGAAAAACGAUUUUGAAAAAGCGGAAAGAAUAUUAAAACACAUGUGCAUUUGGAAGAUUGAAGAUGAAAAGUUAAACGAUUUAAGAAGCAACACAGCUAGGAACAAGAAGAUAUUGAUCAACAAGAUAGCAUGUGAAUAUAUAAUUGAAAAUGGAAUUAAUGUUGAUUCGGAAAUGUUGAAAGGGUGGGUUAGUGAAUUGGCGUAA